CUCUCUCUCUCUCUCUCCCCAGAAAAGCCCAGAGAAUCACCGAUAUAUCGGCCGACUCGUAACGAACACCCCGAUACUGACAUACCAUUUCAGAGUAUUCAACGGAAGUAGAAGAAUUGAUACGUACCGAUUGUGGAAGGGGAAAAUGUCGCCGGCAGCCGGCGCAACGUCACCGUCCGAUCGAGUUCCGAUGAUGAUGCCGACGGCGGUACAACCUGCUCCGACGGGAAUGUUGAUGCCGGAGACGUUCGCUAAGGACGCGAUCCUGGCGUGGUUCAGAGGCGAGUUCGCCGCUGCGAACGCAAUCAUCGAUGCCCUCUGCAGUCACCUGACUCAGUUAGGAGGAGGUGGAGGGCCGGAGUAUGAAUCUGUGUUCGCGGCAAUUCACCGAAGGAGGUUGAAUUGGAUCCCGAUUCUUCAAAUGCAGAAGUACUAUUCUAUUGCCGAUGUUUCGCUAGAGCUUCGAAAAGUUGCUGCGAAGAAAGUGAUGGAGAGAGAAGAUGGUUUGAAUUCGAAGAAUAUUGAGGAAGUGGAUGUUUCGUUCAACGAGAAAGAGAAGAGUCCUGAGAUGGAACCAACGGAGAGUAUUGAAAGUGGCGGAGGUGAAGUGGUGGAUGAAGAUUCGUCGAGAGACGACUCGCCGGAGAGUGAGAUUACUGACACAGGCCAUAUUUAUGUACAUAUUUUGUAUUCACUUGACUGUGAGGUUGGGACAUGGGCGGAUGGUAACUAG